AUGGCAUCAGUAAGGGGAUCUUUUUUGGAUGUUUACAUUGAUGGGGAAUGGAUCAAGACUUGUGCUACUUUGGAUGAGACAGCAUUAACUUUAAGCACACCAGCUGAUGCUCAUCAUGGCCAAGGAGCUGAUAUUCGGACAGUACGAAUUGUAAAGCGUGAUGGGAAUGGUUUGGGUAUUAGCAUCAAAGGUGGUCGAGACAAUGAUAUGCCCAUUAUUAUCAGUAAAAUCUUCAAAGGUAUGGCAGCUGAUGAAACAGGGCAAUUAUUUGUUGGCGACGCUAUUGUGGCUGUAAAUGGUGAUUCACUAGAAGAUGCUACUCAUGAUGAGGCUGUAAAAGCUCUAAAAAAAGCAGGACGUAUUGUCGAUUUACAUGUUCGCUUCAUGCGUGAUAUGUGCACGAGACGUGAAAAUGUGAUAGAGCGUAUUCAGUGGGAUGAUGAUUCUCAUGGCCGGAUUCGCAGUAUUGGCUUAAAAUUAGCUUUUGUAACUCGUACAACUCUUCAACUUGAAGAUAUUGAGAACAAAAUGUUCGAAAUACGGUCACCUUCUGGCCGAUAUUCUCUCAUUUUGAGAUGCAGCAAUUCAGCAGAAGCAGAUGCUUGGUUUGAAACAGUGCACAGUUGUUCUUGCGUGUUGCUAACUCAAGCAUUGGCACAAGUAAAUUUAAUGCUUGGUCAAAAUCCACAAGUAAGAAAGAUGGGUUGGGUUGCUGAACAGACAGUCAAUGAAAGUGGGAUAACUGUCUGGCAACCAAUUUUUGCUGCAUUGACUCUCAACGAUUUAUUGUUUUACGACUCUGUCCCAAUGUUAAAAUCGGAGUGGGCAUCUCCUAGAGUCACUAGACCACUAAUUGCUACACGUGUUGUGCAGACCACAUCACGGACUGCUCCUGUCAUAUCUGGGUUAUCAGAUGUAAUAUCUUUCACUACGAGAACAGGCACGCAGCAAGGUGUUCGAUCUCAUAUGCUACGUGUAGAAACACAUCGUGAUUUGGCGUCGUGGGUAAAAAGUAUUGUCACAUGUACCUAUGAAGCAUGUUCUGAAACGGGUCAAGUCUCUUGCCCCUGUGCUUGGCAAGACGAGCAGUGCGAGCUAAUAUUGCAACUAGACAAAGGUUUAAGUUUGAUAGGCCAUGACGGGCAAAUUCGAUGGCAGUAUCCCUUCGAAGCAAUUCGUGCUACUGGUGAUGAUGGCAAUAGAUUUCUGUGGAUUGACUUUGGUCCACCAUCAGGUGAACAGGAAAUUGACUUGCUUUCAUCACCGAAACCAGUCGUGUUCAUCCUUCAUUCAUUUCUGGCUACCAAGGUUUAUAGACUUGGAUUAUAUGCAUAA